AUGGCUGUUAUGCACAAAACAAAGUCAAUUUUAACUUUGACAGGGAGGGUUGUUAAUGAAGUGGUCAGCUUCAUUGUCUUCUCAGUUCUGGACCUCCUGGAUUUCCUCCUAUGUUAUACGUACAAAAGUAUCGAUUUCUUCAUUGAAGCUGAAUGGAAACCUUGUUAUUGCUCGUCGGCAAAAGAAGCCAUCACCAGCAGUGGGAAGAUCUUGGUCUCCGAGCAAGGAGAAUCCAAGAUUGUCAGUAUUACUUCUAGUAUAUUGCAGCUUGAAGAGAUCUCAGACACCCUAUACACACGCCCAUCGUUGGCGUCCGAGGUCUCCAAAUCCACCGUCAAUGAGCUGAAGCGGCUCAAAAAGGAGAGCACAUUGGUGCAAUCAAGUGAGAAGAUGAGGAAAGGGACUGUCCGAUCGACUUUCACCAUCAACUCUACCAUCGUCGAAAUGUUACAAGGAAAGAUCGGCGGAGGGCAGCAAUCACAUGAUCCCAUCCCAAGAUGGUCCGAUUGUGAUUGUAAAACUUGCAACUCUUGGGCCUCUUCUUGCAAAGAUACGCUCUUCGUCCGAGCUGAUGGAGCUACAGAAAAUCAAGUGCAAGAAGAAGAUGUGCUGUUCAUUCAUGGAUUCAUCUCGUCUUCUGCAUUUUGGACUGAAACACUAUUUCCAAAUUUCUCGAAAUCUGCCAAAUCGAUUUACCGGCUAUUUGCUGUGGAUUUACUCGGGUUUGGAAGGAGUCCCAAGCCAAAUGACUCACUAUACACCCUAAGAGAGCAUAUAGAAAUGAUUGAAAGGUCUGUUCUCGAGCCAUACAAAGUGAAAUCCUUUCACAUAGUGGCACAUUCUCUGGGCUGCAUUUUGGCGCUCGCACUAGCCGUAAAACACCCUGGCUCAGUCAAGUCCCUAACCUUACUUGCACCGCCAUAUUUUCCGGUACCAAAGGGUGAACAAGCUACACAGUACGUGAUGAGGAGGGUAGCUCCAAGGCGCGUGUGGCCACUGAUUGCUUUCGGCGCGUCGAUUGCUUGCUGGUAUGAGCAUGUUAGCAGGACGGUGUGCCUUCUCAUCUGCAAGAACCAUCGUUUGUGGGAGUUUCUCACCAAACUUAUCACCAGAAACAGGAUGAGGACAUACUUGAUCGAUGGAUUCUGCUGCCACACGCAUAAUGCUGCAUGGCAUACCAUGCACAACAUUAUUUGUGGGGCAGCUGCAAAAAUCGAAGAAUAUUUGGAAGUUGUCCAAAAUCAACUAAAAUGUGAUGUAACCAUAUUUCAUGGGAGAGAUGAUGAACUUAUUCCAGUUGAAUGCAGCUACAAUGUACAAUCCAGAAUUCCUCGUGCCCAUGUUAAGGUGUUCGAGAACAAAGAUCACAUAACCAUUGUUGUUGGAAGACAGAAGGCCUUUGCAAGGGAACUCGAGGAAAUUUGGGAGAAGUCAGAGUAA